GCUCAGUCUUCCUGCAGGAGGUUUGUGCGCUCAGCAGCAGCAGCAUGGAGGGAACCAAAGGAGAGGAGCGCUCAGCUGAACAGGCAGCCUCUUUAUUUGGGACAUCAGAGAUGGAGAGUCAGAAGAGCGCAGCAGAAAGGAGAAAGAAGCGGAUUAACAUCUGUAAAAUCACAGCUGGGAUCCUGCUGCUGAUCUUACUGAUCGCCCUGCUGGCUGUAGUGAUUUCACUGAGAAGGAGCGAUAAGGACGCGGGAGGGGACCCCUGGCUGGUUGAGGCCUUCGAGGAAAUUCAGCAGAAACAGUGUCCACCUGGUUUUUCAAGGUCCCCUCUCAUCCUGGUCUCAAUGGACGGUUUCCGCGCAGAAUAUCUAAAGGAUCACAAAAACCACCUUCCUGUCAUCAACAAGAUACGACAAGCCGGAACAACGACACCAUACAUCAGGCCUGUUUAUCCCACAAAGACAUUCCCCAACCACUACAGCAUUGUGACUGGCCUUUACCCCGAGUCUCAUGGGAUUGUAGACAACAAGAUGUACGACGUGACCCGAAACACCUUUUUCAGCCUAAAAACUGAAGAGAAAUUCAACCCGCAGUGGUACCAGGGAGAACCAAUCUGGAUUACUGCCAUGCAACAAAAACUAAAGACAGCGACUUUCUUCUGGCCAGGUUCUGACGUCCCCAUCAAUGGCACCCACCCAAAUUUCUACAAGAAGUAUGAUCGGGGUGUCACGUUUGAGACCAGAGUGUCGACUCUGUUCGAGUGGCUCAGUUUACCUGAAAACGAAAGACCUGACUUUUAUACUUUGUACCUGGAAGAACCUGACACUUCAGGACAUAGACACGGCCCAAACAGUCCAGAGGUGAUUUCAGCUUUGGAGAAAGUCGACAAAAUUCUGAGGAUGAUCCUGAGCGGCCUCAAAACAAGAGACCUCCACCGAUGUGUCAACAUUAUGAUUGUAUCUGACCACGGGAUGGAAGAGGCUUCCUGCCAACGAGCAGAGUUUGUGUCAAAUUACCAGGAACACCUGUCUGACUUCACCAUCAUCCAAGGCCCUGCUGCUCGCAUCCGACCGAAGCGCCUCCCAGAUGAAUACUUCUCUUUCGACUACGAGGGCCUGGUUAAGAACCUGUCGUGCAGGAAGGACGACCAGGCGAUGAGGCCCUACCUCAAAGAAAACCUCCCCAAAAGGAUGCAUUUCGCUAACAACAAACGCAUAGAGCGAGGCCACCUGUACAUGAAGUCGGGCUGGCAGGCGGCGCUGAACCAAGAGGAAGUGAAAUAUUGCAGCGGUGGAUUCCACGGCUCAGAUAACCUCUUCACCAACAUGCAGGCUAUUUUUAUUGGCUAUGGUCCAUCAUUUAAGACGAGCACAGUCGUGCCCCCGUUUGAAAACAUUGAACUGUAUAACCUCAUGUGUGAUCUUCUUGGGGUUCGUCCGUCUCCAAACAACGGGACCCAUGGCAGUCUGAACCAUCUCCUGAAGCAUCCGGUCUACUCACCGGUGCACCCGGCGCAGCUCUCCCAUGACUCCCACUGUGAGGCCUCAGCCUCCAUCCCAACUUACAGCCUGCAGUGCAACUGCUCAUCUCAAAGCCCUGAAAUGGAAGCAGCUAUGGACACAAAAUUUCUGGCAGCUAAUUUUGACAAAAGUGUUUUACAUCGCCUCCACCAUCCUUUCGGAGCACCUCAGGUGGUCCAGUCGGACGCCAGCUUUUGUCUGCUCUACCACUCCGACUACCUGAGCGGAUACAGCAAAGACCGCCUCAUGCCGCUCUGGGUGUCGUACACCAUCCAGCCUCUGCUCAGCCUCAGAGACUCAAGUCCAGACCAGUGUGUUCGUGCUGACGUCCGCAUCGCCUCCUCUGCCAGCCAGCUGUGUCCGCGCUACAGAGGCAACCCGGAUCUGACCUUUGGCCUUCUGCACCCGCCCUAUCUGAACGCCAGCGGUCCAGAAUCUGACUCUCUCAUCGGCACCAACAUGGCACCGAUGUUCCCCGCAUUCAGAAAGGUCUGGAACCAUAUCCAUCGCGACGUUCUUCUAAGAUUUUCACAGGGGCUGAAUGGAGUCAACAUCAUCAGUGGGCCGGUUUUUGAUAAAGAUUUUGAUGGGAAAGUUGAUCCACUCACCAAAGUUUCAGCGAAUGAAGCUCCCGUGCCGACACAUUUCUUCCUGAUCCUGACCAGCUGCCACAACCGGACAUUCAGCCCCGUCAACUGUGCGGGCCCGCUUCAGGCCAUCUCCUACAUCUUGCCCCACAGGCCAGACUACUCGGAGGUUUGCGCUGACGAGUCGGACUUGGCGUUCGUGGACGAGUGGAUGAGUUUUCACACCGCUCGGGUUCGAGACGUUGAGAUUUUAACGGGUCUCAGCUUCUACCACAGCAGGAUAUCGGUGGACGAGACGCUACAGCUCAAGACAUUUCUACAGACCAGUCACUCGUACAAAAACCCCACGUUCGAUUAACGCCUGUCACAUGUGAACACGUGUUGUUUGGCACAUGUGAAGUUCAUAGGAUUUUUUUCUAUCACCAAAGACGUUAUUUUUUUAUACAGCUUUGAUGCCUAUAAAAAGAGCCAUCCUGCUCUGUA